AUGAGAAACCAAAAUUGGUUCAAUCAGUCGAAGGUUCUGAGGAACCUCCUCCUUUUUCCAGUCUUCCAGAAGUCCAGGUCUUCGCCGAUAAUUGUGCUUUGCAACGUGACAGUGGAUUUGGUUUUGCUCUCCGGUAUCACAUUUCGGCUCAAAGACGUGCCCGGGCCGAUAGUGCCACCCCUGGCGGGGAUGGGGUGGCAGCGGUCCGACGUCAGUCCAUUGAUUGCGCUGACGUCACUCCGCCACUGCAGCGGCCGCGUACCUCCAGUGUUGCCAUUGACGAGCGAUUACGUCACAGUUUGCGUG